AUGUAUUCACCAGCAUUCACUUUACGUGGUUAUGCAAAAAUGAUAUUGCAUGCUUAUAAAUAUCCACAUCGGCCAGUUGUUGGUUUCCUUAUCGGUGAGAACAGGAAUAAUGAAGUGAUAUGCACUGACGCCAUACCCGUAUUGCAUGAAAGCGCAUCUCUAAGUGUAGCCCUGGAAGCAGCUUUGAUAUGUAUAGAUGAUUGCACCAAAGAUGAUCGUACUCUCGCUGGACUCUAUUUUUGUAACCAAUCGCUUUCAGAUAAUAGUCUUGAUCCUUAUGCAGUGCGAGUAGCUGAAAAAAUUGUUUCGAAUUAUCCGAACACUUUCCUCGUUCAAAUCGGCAAUUCCCUUCUUGGUACUGGAUUGUUAGAACCUGCUAUUCAGGUUUACGCUUUGGAUAACAAAUUGUGGAAGAUAAAAAGAUUCACUAUACUUAACGAAGAAACAGUGUUAUCAGUCGUUUCUAGUGCCGUGCAGACGAAAUUAUACCUUGAAAUCAUGGAUUUUGAAAAUCAUUUGGAUAAUCCUGUUAAUGACCACUGGAAUACAGCACUAAAUGAGAAGCUGGAACGGUCAUCGUACCGAAAUGCUUGCAGUUGA